CCAACAUUUAUAUCUUCCACGGCACUCCUCUUCAAAUCAUACAUGUCUCGUGCCGCACUUAUGCCCGAAGCGAAAGGACUCGAAUAGACAGUGACCCAUUCGUCUACAACUCUUUGCAAUAUCGUUUCAUUCGCUUGCUCUAGAAUAACCAACAUCGAAGGAAACAAUGGGGUUGCAAGCCGCCUUGAAGCGGGUGGAACUCCCCCAUGUUUCCCGCUGGAUUAACGAUGACAUUCGACCUAUUGAGGCUCAAAGACGUACCUGGGGCUUCUUGACGUUUCACAACUUUUGGCUCUUGGUCAACUGCAAUGUCACCACCUACUUGACCGGCAGUGCCCUCAUCCCUCUAGGUUUGACUUGGUGGCAGGCCUUCAUAUGUAUCAUUCUUGGCAAUCUUAUUGCCACCGCCGUCGUAAUUAUCAACUCACUUCCGGGCAGCUACUAUCAUAUUGGCUUUCCUGUAUUCAGUCGAGCGGUAUGGGGAAUGUGGGGAUCACAAUUCGUCAUUUGGAAUCGCAUCUUUCUGUCCCUUGGUAAGUAUGGUUUCACUGCCUGGGUCGGAGGAGAGUGCAUCUAUGUGAUCCUUCUUUCCUGGGACCCAAAGCUUGAAUCCCACAUUCCCAACAGCAUGCCAGCGGACACGGGUAUGACAACUGCGCAAUUCGUCUCGUACAUCAUCUUCAGCGUCAUUUCUCUCCCAGUCGUCUGGAUCCGUCCUCACCGUCUCGAGAAGUUCUUCCACUUUGCCUGCUCCAUAACCCUUGCCUUCUUCGUUGUGCUCCUCAUAUGGGCUCUCACUACCAUGGGAGCCUCAGGCUUUGGUGAUACUAUCACCUCAGGGUCAGCCCUGCCCAACACAGGAGGACCGGACAGUGUGGCUUGGCUGAUGAUCUACGGCAUCGUAUCAACAAUCGGUUCCAUCGCAGCGGGUAUCCUGAACCAAAACGACUAUUCUCGCUUCGCUUCGCAGCCCAGGCACGCCAUCGUAGGCCAAGCUAUUUCGUUCCCUUUUUAUAGCAUUUUCAGCUCUCUGAUUGGUAUCCUCGUCACCGCAGCGACCCAGGAGCGAUUUGGUGGCGAGGCCAUUUGGAACCCGCCUACGCUCUUUGCUCAGCUGCUGGCCCAGGACGAGACGGCUGGGACGCGGGCGGCGUGUUUCUUCGCGGGUCUUUGUCUCGUAAUAUCCCAGAUCGGAGUCAAUGUACCCGGAAACGCGCUAGCAGGCGGCUUUGACCUGGCUGCGACGUUUCCCAAGUACUUGAACAUCCGUCGUGGCGCCUACAUCACCGCGAUUUUCAGCGUAGUCGUCAACCCGUGGCGUCUCGUCAACACUGCAACGAUUUUCCUCACUGUCCUUUCGAGUUAUAGUGUCUUCUUGGCUCCGAUGACGGGACUGAUGAUAUCUAGCUACUUUAUUGUCAACAAGAGCAAGGUGAACGUGGACCACUUGUACCGCGGCGAUUCAGGGAGCAUCUACUGGUUCUCAUACGGUUGCAAUUGGCGAGCACCGGUGGCAUGGCUUGUUGGUGUGAUACCCUGCAUGCCUGGCUUUAUCGCCGCCGUCGACGCGUCAGUAACUGUCAGCGAGGGCGCCACGGAGCUGUACUCCAUGUCGUAUGUCUAUGGACUGCUUUCGAGCGGCUUGGUGUACGCCUUGCUACAUUGGCUUUUACCGGCGAGAAGUCUAGAUGCUUUUAUUAAAGAUGCGCCCUCGGCCCGUGAACUCCAACAAAUGCAACAAAGCAGGUGGGAUGUGACGCUAGCCGAGACUCCUGAACUUCUUGAAGUGCUUUCUGGGCAUGGAGGCAAGCCAGCAAACUCCGCCACACCCUUCAAAGAGAAUGUAUAGAUACUAUAGUACACAUACUCUCAUUAUCAUUUUCGCUAUCUACAUCUAUCUCUAUUUCUGUCACUGCUGCAGUCCCUAUCGAGCUAUCGAGCCAUCUUGACCCGGUAAAGUCCCUGAAAUACGUACUAAGGGUUUCAUAAUGAUGAAACCGUAAGUGUUAUUUUGAUAUAGAUCGUGAUCAAAACGACAGCAAGAAUGAGGAUCGCAGUUGUAAUAUGAGAAAGGGGGUUGAACCCUUGUGAAGUGUUGACCGGCGGAGCAUGUUAUCACCCCGCCCUAGCGUCGCAGUGACAGGUCCCGCAUGUAAGCCACUAACAUUGAU